AUGUCUGCUACGAAAUCCCAAGAAGCCUCUUCUCCGGCUUCUCCAUUUAGAUAUGACGUGUUCUUGAGCUUCAAGGGUCCAGACACUAGCAACAGUUUCAUCGAUCACCUCUUCGCAGCUCUGAACCAUGCUGGAUUUCACACCUUCAGAGACGCAGAUUUAUUAGAAGUACGAGAUUAUGAUCCCGAGAAAGUGAUUCGAGAGUCGAGGAUGUCAAUAAUAGUCUUGUCGAACAACUAUGCCCGGUCAGCUUGGUGCCUUGAAGAGCUCGUGAUGAUCCUCAAACUGAGGACUUUUGGACACAUAGUUGUACCUAUUUUCUACUAUGUGAAUCGAUCUGAAGUGAGGAAGCAAAUCGGCAGUUUCGAAGAAGCAUUUAUGAUCCAUGAAGAGAGGAUCGAAUUCGAAACAGAUGAACUAGUGAAAGAGAAAUUGAAGGAUAUGCUACGAAAAUGGAGGGCUGCGCUUAAAGAAGUUGCAAAUUUGGCCGGGAUGGUUAUUCCAAAUCAAGCUGAUGGGUAA